AUGUCCAGAGAGAUCGCCGUAGAGUCGCCGUCGGGCUCCACGGCGGCCCGGCGACAGCCGCUCCUCCCGGCGGAGAAGGACGCCGGAAACGGGCGACGACGGAGGAGCAGGGUGGGGGAGACGGCGGGGGAGUGCGCGGCGGUGUGCUGCUGCUGCCCGUGCGCCGCGGCGCACCUCCUGAUCCUCGCCGUGUACCGCCUCCCGAGGGGCAUCUGGCGGAAGAAGAAGAGGAGGAGGAAUUCGCCGGAGGAGAAGGAGAAUCAGAGGAGAAUCGAUUCGUCGGGGUUACCAGGCGGCGGGUAUGGGAAGGAGGAGGAGGAGGAGGAGGAUGAUGAUGAGGAAGAGAAGGAUGGAAAGGGGUCAAACGACGCCGUUGACUGGGACAAUGAGGUGUGGGGCCGGUUCGGGGACGCAACUGGAUUUUCCCCAAAAUACCCAGUCCCCAACCACACAAUACGUCGUCGUUCUUGCUGCCGAUUGCCGGCCGUGCUCGCCGCCCUCAAAGCUUCUCCUCCGCCGGUGAAUGAAUUUGCCGGUGAUGAUGAUGUGUUGCGAGCUUUCUUGAAAGAGAGGGAGAUGAAUGGAGAUUUUGUGUCAAGACUAUGUGAUGAGCUCUGGUUGAGGGGAGUGAGUUCAAAUUUGAAGAACAAUGAAAAUUCUGAGGAGGGUUUUGGUAGUGUGAAGCUCAAUGACCUAAAGAUUUUGGAGGAGGAAAAUGAAGGUGGGUUUUUGAAAUUGAAGAGAACGAGUGAGUGGCUGUCGGGUGAAGAUGAAACUGCCCCGAUGAACAAGAAGAUCACUUCCAAGGAGGUACGAGAUGAAAGUCUGAAAAGGAAAAGACUGAAUUUUCUCAGAUAUGAAGCUCUGAAGAGGGAGCUGCUUUUUGUGACCGUGGGCAUAGGAAUUGCAUGUAGUGGAUACUGCCUCGUAACUUUUUCAGUUCAGGUAAAUUAUAUGAGUAUUUGUAUGUACUUUCAACUACUAUGCAAUUACACUGAUAGCUUGUCAAGAGAAGCAGUUCCAGAGAUUUUUACCAAAAAGAAGUCAAAAAAAAUUGGAAUAAGAAGUGAAGAUUUACAAGAUUCAUUCGAGAAAACACUUAAGGGCAGUAGCAUUGCUCUUUCUUCUCCUAGGCUCGUUUUUCCUGCAGCAAUAUAUGGUAUUUGGGAACUGUCCCAACAUUUUGCUCACGACAUUUUUGAUUUUCAGCUAGUGCCUGCAAUGAUGGGUUUAUUUGCAUAUAAAGCGGCAGCUUUAGUGCAAGUGUAUAGAGACAAUGAAGACCUUCAGUUCAUCUUCCCUGAAAAUGCCGAUGGAUCAAGUGACUGA